GUUAGUACAUAGGUAUAGACGCACCUGAUGCAACCUGCCGCGUGCGUUCCACCACCUGAGGCUUUCGUGCACUUCUCAAAGGUCAAUUUCGUAACCUCCAGUUGCUAACUCGGUCACGAUAGGUUACGAAUAGUAUCCAAAAAGUUUCCAACUUCAAUGUUUAUCUCAAGUUCUUAUGAUAUCUGAUAUAAGGACCCUCUUCACUCCUCAACACCGACUACGCCCACUUCAGUAUCUUAUACAUAUUUUACUUGUAUAUAUCGAAUCCACAUCCAAUUCACAUCCAAUUGUUGUACGGCUUCGAGGCCUGGUACUUGAUCACCUGUCGGAUAUCUUGAUUCACGUCUCAGUACAAUCAUACAGCUGACCGUUCAACCUCAUUCGCAAAAGAAUGCGACUGAUAAGACCAUUCGCCCUCAUUUGAAUGACCACAACACACUAUACAUAGAGGCUCUUGCGCUAGCUGGCCGUGCCGGGACUCAAAGCAAAUCGACUCCAGCCGGCUGCCUGAACGACGUGUCUCGCAGUCGGUUUGAACAGCCAUUCCCUGCAAUCCUCAUCGGCGCAUGCUGCUAGCCCUGCUGGCCUUGCAGCACACAUUUCUACUCCCAAUGGAUCCGAAUGAUGACUCACAAGCUACUCAACCAGCUACUCAGAAUGCCUUAGAUCCUAGGAGGUUCGGGAAGCAGAACUCGGGCUUCUCUGACGAGGACAUUUCGGAUAUCAUAUGCUUGCUAUACCCCAACUCCGACAGCGCCAGUCGCGAAGUUCACAAAAUUGCCGAAUCGCCCCAAUAUGCGCACCACACCACUAGGAGGUAUACAGCCGAUGCCAUCGACUCCGACCUUUAUCGCGAAGACGACGCUAAGGAAUUUGGCCGAACCCGAGGCAUUGGCGACCAUGCCCUUGUCAUCAAGUUAUCAUCAACCCUCAAAAAUCCCCGCCUGGGCUUUACCUUUGGUCGUAACGAGGACAGAUGCGAUCUCCACUUUGAUAACGACCCAGGCAGGCGGCUCAGCAAUAUUCACUUCUGCAUCCUUGUCAACAAGUAUGGCACGGUAAUGCUAGAAGACCAGUCGACAAAUGGCACAGUUGUGGAUAGCAAGUUACUCAGAAAGAGGGCUGGCCCACCGAGGCCUGGCCAAAGCAGUACUCCCAAGUGGACUCUAGAGAGCGGCUCUACCAUCAAGAUCGUGAUGCAGGACAGUAAAAGCGAUCUUGUCUUUCUUGUUCGCAUCCCCCGUCGCGACGGUCAUCACGACGUUGAGUAUAAGAGAAAGCUCGGUCCUUACUUACGGCGGCUUCAUGGACAAGAUGACGAUGCCAAUAAGACCAUCGGCCCUGGACCAGGUGGUCAUGUUCACCUGUUUACGCCCACACGGGACAGGCGCGUCCCUAUUACUGACCCCUGGGGCAUCACAUCAGAACCCCAUGAGCGUUUGCCGAGAGAAUGGCGUGGUGGCGAGAAGUAUGCGCGUGUGGGCGUGAUCGGGAAAGGAGCUUUUGCUACGGUUCAUAAAGUGACUUCAAAAUACGAUGGCUCCCCGUAUGCGGCGAAGGAACUUGAUAAGCGACGAUUUAUGAAGAAUGGUGUUUUAGAUCAGAAAGUCGAGAACGAGAUGAAGAUAAUGCAAAAAGUACACCACGCCAACAUAGUUCAAUACAUUGAGCAUUUUGAUUGGGACGCACAUCAGUUCUUCAUCAUCAUGGAAUAUGUUCCGGGGGGCGAUCUCGGCAAGUUGAUUCAAGAAUAUGGACCUAUAGGGGAACCCUACGUCAAGAUAAUGGCCGAGCAGAUGCUUGACGCACUCGGGUAUCUACAUGACAACAAGAUCACGCACCGCGACGUAAAGCCCGACAAUAUUCUCAUCCAGUCAACUAAUCCCCUGGUGGCUAAACUAACAGAUUUUGGGUUGUCCAAGAUGAUCGACACAGAGCAAACCUAUCUGAAAACGUUCUGUGGUACCCUUUUGUACUGUGCGCCUGAAGUUUACAGUGAGUAUUCUUCCUACGACGACACUGGCAGGCGGACACAGAGGACGGGCCACAGGGUUGUAGACAGAGAGAGGUACGACCACGCUGUGGAUAUUUGGUCACUUGGCGGUGUUUUGUUUUACUCUCUCACCGGCAAUCCACCUUUUCCAGUCAAGAAUGGAGUCACGUAUACGGAAUUGCUCGACCAUAUCAUCAAGAUACCGGUCAACACAUUGCCACUGUCGCGUUCGAACGUAUCUAGUGCUGGUAUUCACUUCCUAUCAAGGAUGAUCCACGUCCGGCCAGAAACCAGGGCUACCGUCCCCGAGCUUCAAGCUCAUCCGUGGUUAGUAGGCGAAGCGAGCCCCGCCGGUGCUGUUUCCGAUGAUAAAGAGUUGGGACAAAAAGCAUCACAGCUCAGCCUCGACGACAGGCAAACGACGCAAUUCGAUGAAUCCCUUGGUGCAAGUUCUCUGCGAGGGCCAGAGCUUGACUACUUCGUAGAUGACGAGUCAGAAAAGGAGAACUGCAGUCUUGGUAACUCCCAGCCAAAUAGACUAUUUGGAGAGGUGAACAGUUCUGUGAUUGGCAGUUCCGGUGUUAUCUCGGAGCAUCGUCUGAACCUACCAGUCUCUAAUGCAGAUUAUGAGCAGAACGAUACCCCGGAAACGGAGGUUCUGGAUAGUUUCGAGUCAGAAAACCUUUCUACGCCAAGGCAAAAAGGCCAACCAAAAUACGACAUUCUGUCGUCAACUAGCGAGGAUAUGUUACAGGACAACUCGCGUAGCACUAUACUAGCGAUGGAUUCCCAGAGCCUCGGUGGUGCGUCUUCGAUCCUAGGGAACCUGAAUGUUAGGUCCGUAGUUAACGGACAUCCAAACCGACAAUCUAGAAUUAUCGACUUGAGCACAAGUAAGAGAAAGCCUGCUUACGACACAAGCGACGAGUAUGAUGUGGGAGAGGCCAAGGUCAAGCCCUCAUUCAAGAGACUCAAAUCACAAAGCGAGAUUGAGGCAAGCAUUUCGGAGGAUGACGAGUAUCGCUUACUCGCCGGUGUGCCCCAGGUCGUGAAGAAUGAAUCGGGCCGUCAAAUCGAUUAUCCUCUGCCUAAAACUACUUUUUGGGAUAGCUCAAACAAGAGCACAUGGCACCUGGACUAUCCUGAAAUGACCCAUUUACAGUAUAACGCAUUUGAGCUAGCUGCUGGAAAAAGAAAAGAAGAAUUUGGUCCCGGAAAGUCACGACUGUGGGACCUCGCCAUGCGGAAUUUUCCACCUACGCACACCCGACAUCCAACUGUUGAGAAGGGUAGGGCACUGGUACUACGGCCAGCCCGGCUCAAACGCGAUGGACGACUGACCGACGAGGAGCGGAAUUGGGAGGCGACUCCCAAAGAUUCGCCUGCUGUCGAAACCGAAUUAGAAUCAAUCCCCGAUACGCUUCCCCCUGAACCCCAAGCCAACGCACAAACUGUUGGGCUGCCAAAACCUGUUGCAGCAUUCUACUCGGUCCAAGGCUCGUUGGUACCAGGGAUAUCAAUUCAAAUACAUGACCCGCUUGUCUCGUGGGGACGGUACCCCAACAACACGGUUGUGUACGAGCCUGUCGAGGACUCCAUGGUGCCCAAAAAUGCUUUCAGGGUCCUGCUAUGGAAUGACGGCUACACUGCCUCUCUUAGCGAGUUCCGUCCAUGGGAACCUUCUCGGUCAGUGACUAGCCGUACAAUGCGAGCUUCGCCGGAGCCGGGCUCGUACGCAUUCUACAUAUCAACCAAAGCCACCAGUGGAAUACGAAUCAACAAUAGCCACUUACAGGCCAAUGCUCCAAAGGAUAGCACAGCAGCCUGCAAGUACUGGAUGAAGUUGUACCACGGCGACACCAUAGUCUUCUGGGGGGCCGAGAACAGGCAUAGCCAGGCAAAGCUCACUUUCGAGUGUUAUUGGGGUGGGUCUUCUAGCGUGAGACCAGCGAACGAGCCUCCGGUGUACGUGGCUGAGGCGCAGGCUCGCAAGCUUGAUCGGCUUUGGCCCAAGGCUAUCACUACGCUUCACUACGAUAGGAUCAAGGCUGAGGCGCAGCGUGAUCAAGAGUCGAGGAUGCGCCACAUGGGGGAAGAAUUAGAACGCAGCCGAAUCUUUGAAGAAAAGCGUGUCGAGGCAGUUAGAAUGCUAGCCUCUCAUGUUGCUCGCCGAGCUUCGCCGGCCAAUGUGCCUCCUAUAACUGGGAGAGCGAUCUCUCAGUUCAGACAUAAUAUACCGUCAUCAUCUCUUCAAAGUAGCGGGUAGAAGCUUCCUCUUCUUAGCUUUAAUAGUUUUCAAAAGCAUUUCCGAGUUUUAUGAGAUUAUGGAAAGAAGUAUAAUUUCAGUAUAGUCGCAACACAUCUAACAAAACCAAACCAUAACCUAAAAGAAAGAAAUUUUGGGAAAGGGGGGGAGGGGGGGAGGGGGGGUAAU